UGUUUCCCAUCAGGCAAUAUUUUGAGGUCCUCACAGAUUUUCAGGACCCGGAGGUGACGCAUGGAAGUCUAGCUAGCAAGCUAACAAACUAACCAAACAACAAUUGAAAUACACUCAUUCAUCCUAUCAUUACAGUAGUCAUUCAUCCUAUCAUUACAAUAAUCAUUCAUCCUAUCAUUACUCCGUCAUCCUAUCAUUAUAAUAAUCAUUUUGGACAUAUUAAAGAUGUCAGAAGUCAAAGUCAAGAAGGAAACAAACACGUAUGAACCCGCCGAAGUUGAAAACAGGAUCAAGGACUUGUGUCAGCAGUUUCCACAAGGGAUCACUGACCAGGUGAUCCAAAACGACAUGCCUCACCUGGAACCUCAGCAGAGAGCCAUGGCCAUCAACAAGCUGCUCUCAUUGGGCCUGCUGGACCUCCUGAGGAACAGUUCUGGACUCCUCUACAGGCUGAAGGACUCCCAGAGUGCCAGUAAGAUGAAAGGCUCUGACAACCAGGAGAAACUAGUCUAUCAGAUCAUUGAAGAUGCUGCAAACAAAGGUAUUUGGAGCAGAGACAUCCGCUUCAAGAGCAACCUUCCUCUCACAGAGAUCAACAAGAUCCUGAAGAACUUGGAGAGUAAAAAACUCAUCAAAGCUGUGAAGUCUGUGGCGGCGUCCAAGAAGAAGGUGUACAUGUUGUACAACGUGCAACCUGACCGCUCGGUGACAGGGGGGGCGUGGUACAGCGACCAGGACUUUGAGUCAGAGUUUGUGGAGGUUCUCAACCAGCAGUGCUUCAAGUUCCUGCAGACCAAGGCGGAGGCGGCCAGGGACGGCAAGCAGAGUCCCAUGAUGCAGAGGAACGCUUCCUUCGCCACCUCACAUGAAGUCUGGAAGUACAUCUGCGAGCUGGGAAUCAGCAAGGUGGACCUGUCCAUGGAGGACAUGGAGACCAUCCUCAACACGCUGGUCUAUGACGGCAAAGUGGAGGUGAGCGUCAUGGCCGCCAAGGAGGGAACGCUGGGCAGCGUGGACGGACACAUCAAGCUCUACCGCAGCGUCCACGCCAUUGUCCCGCCCACUGGCCUGGUCAAGACGCCCUGCGGCCUCUGCCCGGUUUUUGACGACUGUCACCCGGGAGGAGAAAUCUCACCGUGGAACUGUGUGUACCUGGACGAGUGGUUGGACUUCUGAUGAGUGGAACUGUGUGUACCUGGACGAGUGGUUGGACUUCUGAUGAGUGGAACUGUGUGUACCUGGACGAGUGGUUGGACUUCUGAUGAGUGGAACUGUGUGUACCUGGACGAGUGGUUGGACUUCUGAUGAGUGGAACUGUGUGUACCUGGACGAGUGGUUGGACUUCUGAUGAGUGGAACUGUGUGUACCUGGACGAGUGGUUGGACUUCUGAUGAGUGGAACUGUGUGUACCUGGACGAGUGGUUGGACUUCUGAUAAGUGGAACUGUGUGUACCUGGACGAGUGGUUGGACUUCUGAUGAGUGGAACUGUGUGUACCUGGACGAGUGGUUGGACUUCUGAUGAGUGGAACUGUGUGUACCUGGACGAGUGGUUGGACUUCUGAUGAGUGGAACUGUGUGUACCUGGACGAGUGGUUGGACUUCUGAUGAGUGGAACUGUGUGUACCUGGACGAGUGGUUGGACUUCUGAUAAGUGGAACUGUGUGUACCUGGACGAGUGGUUGGACUUCUGAUGAGUGGAACUGUGUGUACCUGGACCAGUGGUUGGACUUCUGAUAAGUGGAACUGUGUGUACCUGGACGAGUGGUUGGACUUCUGAUGAGUGGAACUGUGUGUACCUGGACCAGUGGUUGGACUUCUGAUGAGUGGAACUGUGUGUACCUGGACGAGUGGUUGGACUUCUGAUGAGUGGAACUGUGUGUACCUGGACGAGUGGUUGGACUUCUGAUGAGUGGAAUUGUGUGUACCUGGACGAGUGGUUGGACUUCUGAUGAGUGGAACUGUGUGUACCUGGACGAGUGGUUGGACUUCUGAUGAGUGGAACUGUGUGUACCUGGACGAGUGGUUGGACUUCUGAUAAGUGGAACUGUGUGUACCUGGACGAGUGGUUGGACUUCUGAUAAGUGGAACUGUGUGUACCUGGACGAGUGGUUGGACUUCUGAUGAGUGGAACUGUGUGUACCUGGACGAGUGGUUGGACUUCUGAUAAGUGGAACUGUGUGUACCUGGACGAGUGGUUGGACUUCUGAUGAGUGGAACUGUGUGUACCUGGACGAGUGGUUGGACUUCUGAUAAGUGGAACUGUGUGUACCUGGACGAGUGGUUGGACUUCUGAUGAGUGGAACUGUGUGUACCUGGACGAGUGGUUGGACUUCUGAUGAGUGGAACUGUGUGUACCUGGACGAGUGGUUGGACUUCUGAUGAGUGGAACUGUGUGUACCUGGACGAGUGGUUGGACUUCUGAUGAGUGGAACUGUGUGUACCUGGACGAGUGGUUGGACUUCUGAUAAGUGGAACUGUGUGUACCUGGACGAGUGGUUGGACUUCUGAUGAGUGGAACUGUGUGUACCUGGAGGAGUGGUUGGACUUCUGAUGAGUGGAACUGUGUGUACCUGGACCAGUGGUUGGACUUCUGAUGAGUGGAACUGUGUGUACCUGGACGAGUGGUUGGACUUCUGAUGAGUGGAACUGUGUGUACCUGGACGAGUGGUUGGACUUCUGAUGAGUGGAACUGUGUGUACCUGGAGGAGUGGUUGGACUUCUGAUGAGUGGAACUGUGUGUACCUGGACCAGUGGUUGGACUUCUGAUGAGUGGAACUGUGUGUACCUGGACGAGUGGUUGGACUUCUGAUGAGUGGAACUGUGUGUACCUGGACGAGUGGUUGGACUUCUGAUGAGUGGAACUGUGUGUACCUGGACCAGUGGUUGGACUUCUGAUGAGUGGAACUGUGGGUACCUGGACGAGUGGUUGGACUUCUGAUGAGUGGAACUGUGUGUACCUGGACGAGUGGUUGGACUUCUGAUGAGUGGAACUGUGUGUACCUGGACGAGUGGUUGGACUUCUGAUGAGUGGAACUGUGUGUACCUGGACGAGUGGUUGGACUUCUGAUGAGUGGAACUGUGUGUACCUGGACGAGUGGUUGGACUUCUGAUGAGUGGAACUGUGUGUACCUGGACGAGUGGUUGGACUUCUGAUGAGUGGAACUGUGUGUACCUGGACGAGUGGUUGGACUUCUGAUGAGUGGAACUGUGUGUACCUGGACGAGUGGUUGGACUUCUGAUGAGUGGAACUGUGUGUACCUGGACGAGUGGUUGGACUUCUGAUGAGUGGAACUGUGUGUACCUGGACGAGUGGUUGGACUUCUGAUGAGUGGACAGCUUCUUCCCUCGAUCAAUAAAGUUAUCAAUCCUUCACUGGUGCUAGCAUGUUAGCUAAGCUACCUAGCACACUGCUAACAUUCCAAUAAAUCAACUUUAUUUAUACAAUAAAUGUUUUUUAAUUGUA